AUGUCAGGAGCUGGAAGAGGCAGAGGACGACCUGCUAGAGGCAGAGGUCAGGGAGGUGUUGGUCAUGGUGGUGUUAACCAUGACGAUGUUCAGUUGGAGGAUACACCUCAUGUGCCGAAUCCUAUGAUUGGAUUUAUCAGAGAUAUCCGCAAAUUGGGGGCUGUUGAAUUUGCUAGAGCUACCGAUCCACUUGAUGCUGAGAAAUGGAUUGAAGAUAUGGAAAAGUAUUUUGAGAUGAUGGACUGCACUGAGGUGCAGAAAAGGAAGAUUGGUGCAUUUCUUUUAUCUGGUGAGGCGCGCCAGUGGUGGCAGUCAGAGACCAGGAUGGUUGUGGACAUUACAACUAUGACCUGGGAUGAUUUUAAAACUCGGUUCAAUGACAAACACUUUCCACAAUCAGUGAAGGAGAAGAAGGCAGCAGAGUUCACGCAGCUGGAACAGAAUAAUGAGAUGUCAGUUAGUGAGUACGAGAGGAAGUUUACAGAGCUAUCUCGAUUCGCUCCUCACAUUGUUGCGAAUGAGUUACACAAGGUUAGAAAGUUUGAGCGAGGAUUGGUCUCUUAUGUGAAGAAGUUUGUGGUGGGUCAUCGUUUUGACACUAAUGCUAGAGUGGUGGAUUGUGCUAUGGCAGUAGAGGAGAAUAAUAACAUUGCCUUUCAGAAACAGAAGGAGCGUAGGGCAGAGCAGAAAAGUAAGGGGGCUAGCAGCUCUCAACAGAAUCAGAGCAGCUUUCAACAAAAUCAGAGGGCUUUAGUACCAGCCACACCUCAUGAUGCACAGCCAUAUCAGUUCAGCGGGCAUUGCUACAAUUGUCGUGAGCAAGGACAUUUGGCUCAUAAUUGUCCCAAGCCUCACAAGAAUAACCAGCAGAAAGGUCAGGCACCACAGCAACAAGGAAGUGCAAGGGUUUAUGCAGUUGUUCCAGAUGGGAGACAGAAUCGUGCACCACCAACAGUGGAAGGUUCUUCAUAUUCUUUUAUUGCACUAUCAUUUGUGGAUACACUGGGAUUAGAACCUGGACAUAUAAGUAAUGCCUUAUCUAUUACAACUCCACUCGGGAGCGCGACGACACUUGAUAGAAUAUGUCGUGCUUGCCCUGUUACAAUUGGGGAGUUGGAGUAUCCUAUUGAUUUAAUAGUAUUACGUAUGAGAGAAUUUGAUGCUAUACUGGUUCCGGGACAGUUACCUUCUCGAUAUAAGUGUGGGGAGUUUGAGGGCACCAUGACUAUGGGAUUUCUGGCCCACAUCGAGGUGGUUGAGCAAUGCGUGACUAUAGAGCAGUUGCCUACAGUGUCAGAGUAUGCAGAUGUGUUUCGGGAUAUUCCGGGUUUGCCUCCUAAGAGGGCAGUGGAUUUCUGCAUCGAUCUCACUCCUGGUAUUUCACCUAUCUCUAGGGCACCCUACAGAAUGAAGAAAGAUGGGUCACUCCGCUUAUGUGUUGACUACCGUGCGCUGAAUAAGGUCACUAUUAAGAAUAAGUACCCAUUGUCACGCAUUAAUGAUUUGUUUGAUCAACUUAGAGGGGCGCAGUUGUUUUCUAAGAUUGACUUGAGGACUGGAUACCAUCAACUGAGGAUUAAGGAGGAGGAUAUUCCUAAGACUGCCUUCAGGACUCGUUAUGGCCUCUAUGAGUUUUUAGUCAUGCCUUUUGGGUUGACUAACGCUCCGGCAACUUUUAUGGAUUUGAUGAACCGAGUGUUUCGACCUUACUUGGAUCAGUUUGUUGUAGUAUUUGUUGAUGACAUUCUGAUAUAUUCCAAGACUAAGGAGGAGCAUAAGAGACACUUGAGCAUUACACUUCAGACUUUGCGUGAGCAUCAGCUCUAUGCUAAGUUUGAGAAGUGUGACUUUUGGUAG